AUGCAAGUAGCGAUGUUGCUACUGUCCCUUAAUUCUCUCUUCAAGUUUCAAGGCCAUGCCAUUUUGUGGGUCGUCCAUCAGGGCCAUACUAGCAGCAUUUCAUCCUCUGCUCCCUUUUUCCCAACUCGCCUAACCGAUAGCACAACACUAAAGGGGCCAUCUCUGCUGGCUUGCUCCCCUUGGCGCUUGAUGUUGGCACAGAUACACACUGACAGACACACGCAUCAGAUCAACAGCCCUGGGUCAACUGGGGUACCAAAAGAUUGCCCUGCGCCGAUCGCCUCUGAGGCGCCUCAGCCACAAGAUCGGCGACACCGUUUGUUAUUUUCUGUACGGACAGAGCCAAGCCUGAAGUCUAAUGUGGAGUGUGCACUACGUCCGUGUAAACUGGCGCACCAAGUCGGCACACGACCGGCGCCAACUGGGCCUAAGUCCCGGCUGAUCCGUUGCCUGAUUCCGCCAGCAUACACGGUGCUACAGACGAAACCUGUCCGAGCCACAUGUGCCUCGGGAGGCCAUAAUCAGAAAAGCGCCGCCUCGGGCGAUUAG